UCAUAAAUGGCGCCCACCAUUUUAGCCUGUGCACGCUCCCUGGAAGCGCACGGCACCGCGAUUCGGAGCGGGUUGAUGUUCAUAAACGGCGCCCGCCAUUUCGGACUGUGCGCGCUCCCUAGACUGUGCGCGAUCUGGUGCCCACUGUGACCUUUGUGUGAGGGCUAAUCAGUGAUCACAUGAAGAGUAGUAAGCAAGAUGUCACUUCUGACAUCAUUGCUUACUACGUGUGAAAUCUGUGAACGAUCACAGAAAUCACAUGGUACAGGGCUAUUCACAACAGCCUUGUACCAUGUGACAAGCUGUGACCAAUCACAGCUCUC